AUGGAAAUCCACUAUCUCGAUUUAAAGAGUGAGUCACUGUUCUAAAAAAAUUCUUAACUAAGCAUUCUUUCGAUGAAUAACAAAGAUUUGGAAGCAAGGUCAGGCAAAUUUGACAUUAUUUAAAUUUAAUAUAUAAAGGGGAGUUAAAUUUUAAAGGAAGAUCAAAUGAAACAGAUUUUGUUAGNAUGCAUUAUAGACUAUUAUAAAUAAAUGUGUAGAUUGUUUAGAAUGUGAUAGAGCAUCUUGUUUUAUAGUUGAUUAAGCUAAAAAAGAACUUUGGACUAGAGUGGCUAAAGGAACUCAAACAACAAUUAGAUUAUAAAUUGGAUAAGGUCUUGCUGGUUUUGUGGCUUAAAAUCAAAUUAUUUUAAAUAUUGAAGAUGCAUAUAAAGAUUAAAGAUUUAAUACUUAAUAAGAUGUCAAAAAUAAUUAUAAGACAAAAACAGUAUUGGUAUCUCCAAUAUUAGAUGGAGAAAAAUGUAUGGGAGUUUUAUAAUGUGUAAAUAAAUAAAAUGGAUAUUUUACUAAAGAUGAUGAGGCUCUUUUGUAAAUUAUGGGAGAAUUUAGUAAAAGUGUAUUAAAAAAUGCCAUGAAUCAUGAUGCUUAGAUGCUUAUCUAAAUAAAUUAAGACACAUUAUUAUGACUGGUAUCAUACUUUAAAGUAAGUAAGAUAAACUCAUAGAUUUUAUUCUAUCUUCUGAAGAAAGAUUAAGAUCUUUGAUGAAUGUAGAUAUGGCUAAAAUUGUUUAUUAUAAUCAACAUUUAUAUCAUAUCAAUAAGGAUGGAAAACUUUCUUACUCUGAUAAUUUGUUGGGUAUUAUGGGAUUGUGCAUUAAAGAUCAAUAGUUAGUGGCUGUGAGUAAUUGUUACACUAGUCCUAUUUUCAAUCCUAAUAUUGACAUCGAAACUAAUAUGCCCAUUAUUUGUAUGCCUCUUAAAACAUAAAACCAUUUAAUAAUUGGAACCAUUUAAGUUAUAAAUUUCAAAGGUAUUGGUAAUAUUUCUUCAAACAUUGAAGCCAAGAUACAUUCUAUCGUAUUUAGAUAUGCUCGAACUCUUUUGUUAACAAUGUGCUCAAAGUUUAUAUUACUACAAAUCCAAUUGUGA